GCUUUCAGCCUCCUCGAUUCAAAUCGUUCUCAGGAAUCACUCAACCCUCGCAAAACCUAGCAACAUUUCAUAUUAUUGAUGGAGAAAAAUGGCCUUGCUAGCAGUAGACGACGAUGAACUGGAGGCGCCAGGUACCGGCCGGAGCAGUGCUGGCGAGAUGUCUUUGCACGGCGGAGGUAGAUGUGGCGGCGGUGACUCAGCUGUACCGUCGGUUGUCGGCUUUGAGAGCCACUGGCGGGACCACGACCGCCGGACAGGUAUUGAAUCAGUACGUUAGGGAGGGCAGGAAGGUGACGAAGUAUGAGCUUGACCGAUGCAUCAAGGAGCUUCGGAAGUAUGGCAAGCACCAGUCUGCCCUACAGAUAAUGGAAUGGAUGGACGUGAGAAACAUUAACUUCUCGUCCCGUGAUUAUGCAACACGCUUGGGUCUAAUAUCUGAAGCCAAGGGAAUAGCUGCAGCUGAGAAUUACUUCAGCAGCCUCCCACAAUUGGAAAAGAACCUAUAUACUUAUGGAGCCCUCCUAAACUGCUAUUGCAAGGGAAAAAUGGAAGAUAAGGCAUUGGCCCUCUUUAAGAAGAUGGAAGAAAUGAAUAUUGCCUUUACCUUCGCAUAUAACAGUCUUAUGACUCUCUAUCUGAGAUUAGACCAGCCUGAAAAGGUGCCUCCAUUGAUUGAAGGGAUGAGAAAGAGGAAUAUCGCAUUGGACACAGUUUCUUAUAAUAUGUACAUGCGCAGCUAUUCAGGUUUAAAUGAUAUCGAGGGAGUAGAAAGGGUUUUUGAGGAGAUGAUGAAGGAAGAUGAACAAACAAUUGACUGGACAACAUACAGUUCUUUGGCUAGUUUUUAUGUCAAGGCUGGACUUAAUGAGAAAGCUGCGUCAGCGCUUAGACAGCUAGAGGAAGAGAUGGGACCUAAGAACGAAUUGGCUUACCGGUUUCUGAUUAGUCUUUAUGCUGGCAUCUCCAAGUCAGGUGAGUUACAUCGGGUUUGGAAAUCCCUGAAGUCAAAUCUCCAAACAAUCAACAACUUAAGUUAUCUUGUCAUGCUUCAAGCUCUCGGGAAACUGAAUGAUGUGGAUGCUCUGAAGACAACUCUCGAGGAAUGGAGGUCUAGUCGCUCCAACUAUGAUCUGAGGUUAGCGAACGCUGCCAUAAUUGCUUUCUUGAAAAGUGGCAUGAUUAAAGAAGCCGAGUCAGUCCUUCAGGAGGCCAUGCAGAAUUCAAAUGGACCAUUUUUUAAGGCUAGGGAGAUGUUCACAACAUUCUUCUUGAAUCACCAUCAGGUGAAUUCCGCGUUGAAGUACAUGGAGGCCGCCAUAUCUGAGGUAAAAAACAAUGAAUGGCAUCCAAACCCUGAUGAUGUGGAUAAAUUUUUCAAGUAUUUUGAGGAAAAGAGAGAUGUUGAUGGUGCCGAACAGUUAUGCAAGUUGUUAAAGAAGGUUAAUUAUCUCGACUCCAAGGCCUACCAUUCUUUGCUUCAAACUUACGUUGCUGCUGGCAAAUUGGCACCUGAUAUGCGCACAAGGAUGGAGGCAGAUGGCAUAGACACAAGGGGUGAGAUAGGGGCUUUGCUUGAAAAGGUUUUGGGAGACUGCUAAUUUCAUUUUUCUGCUGAUGCUAUCUGGGUAAUUGAGCAAAUGUAUCUCUGCAUUGGAUAGUUGGUAAUGUUUUCAAUACUUUAUCCAGUGUGGAUGUUAGAUACCUGUCAUCUAUGACAUGAACAUGGCGAUGGAUUAUAUUUCUUCCUGUUUUAAAACGAAAUAGGAUUCCCAUUUUGACUACAGUUAAGCAACACUAUGCCUUUGCCUACAUUAACAAUUGCAUUGCAUUUGAUGUCCACAAUGACAGCGUAUCAUCUUUAGUUUCAGUAAGUAACGCAUUACAAAACAUAAUUGACAAGCUCUUCAUGGCAUCAGAACUAACUAAAAGUCCGCACCAAUCAAUUUCAAGAACUUCAAUCCAUGUUAGAGAACACCCUGAACAGGAGCCUAAGAAAUGCUUUGGAUCCCCCAUAAGCCUCGUGCUGCUUGAUAAUUUAAACACUUAAUAAUUUCUGGUAGGGAAUUCAUGCAGUC